CUGUGGAAGGUUGCGGGGGCGGGCCAGCGGCGCGCGCGGUGACGGUUGGUUGCCCGGUAACGGAGCUGGCGGCGGACGAUGGAGCCGGAUUCGGUGCAGCGGCAGCUCUCGGUCACCAUCGCUCACAUCGUGCAGCGGCUCCGGGGCUCGAAACUACACUCGGAGCUGGAACGGGAGGCCAGGACUUGCCUUCACAAAUCUGAGGUUCGGAUUGAAUCUUUGAAGGAAGAUCUGAAGGACUUCUUACGGAAAUCAGGUUGGGAAAAGAAGUUGCAGAAUGCUGUCUACCGUGAGCUCAAUGUCCUUCCCCACCCUGGUCAUCCAGCUGCUCCACCUGACCACACCAAGGAGAGCUUGAUGUACUUGAGACGUGCACAGGUGAACUGGGAAAAGCGUGUUCUGAAAAGUUUAAACAGCAUGUGUGCAGAGCUGGGUAUUCCUUUAGCAAAAAAGAGGUCAGCAGAUGAACAGAAGGAGCUUUUGAACAAGUGGAAUGAGAUGGGGACUGAUGAACCAGAUUUGAGCCAGUUCCGACCAGUAUAUGCCCCAAAAGAUUUUCUAGAGGUGUUAAUUAAUCUUCGUAAUCCAAAUUAUGAUGGUGGUGAUCCAACUGGCCUGCGCAGUAGCUGGGGCUUAAUCAGCAUUCCUUUGCCAGUAAAAGACCUUGCUGAGCUGAGGGAUCUGUUUGCUGAGCUAGCUUUAAACUACGAACAACUUGGAAUUGAUGACUCGAUGCAGAUCCCUACAGAGUUGUUUGAAAGUGAGUAUAUACGUCUUGGUCAAAGAGUUUUGUCUGAACAAGACAGUGCUGCAGCUCAGCAGUACAUUCGACAAGGUUGUCCUACAGGACUACGAGCAGAUAUGUGGGCACUCAUUCUGAAUAUUGAUAAUCAACUGGAGGAUUCUUUAUAUUACGAGCAACUGAAGUCAAAUGUGAUUCAACAUGAUCUUUUAAUUGAUAACCUCAUUUACAAGGAUGUGAAGCUUACAGCUAGCAAUGAUGACUACUAUUUUGUUUUUGAAGAUUAUUUGUAUCAGGUGCUAUUAUGCUUUUCUCGAGAUACACUCGUUCUUGAUCAUUUCAGCUACAGCAGUGCUUCUCCCCCCAAGUCAUAUAUCAGAGGGAAGUUUGCAUUAGAAGAUUAUACUGUUGUAUACCCUCCAAAUGGUGUAAUUCCAUUCCAUGGAUUUGCAAUGUACGUUGCUCCACUCUGUUUUCUCUACCACGAGCCAUCCAAACUGUACCAAGUUUUCCGAGAGAUGUACGUGCGAUAUUUCUUCAGGCUUCAUUGCAUCUCAUCCCAUUCCUCAGGAAUUGUGUCACUUUGUCUGGUGUUUGAGACACUUGUUCAGACCUACCUUCCACAACUCUUUUACCAUUUGCACGAAAUUGGAGCACAGCCACUUCGAAUAUCGUUUAAGUGGAUGGUGAGGGCAUUCUCUGGGUACCUAGCAACUGAUCAGCUCUUGUUUCUUUGGGAUAGGAUUCUGGGAUACAACUCACUAGAAAUUCUUGCUGUAUUAGCAGCUGCUGUAUUUGCUUUCAGAGCAGAAAAUCUAAUGGAGGCAACAUCACUUGCUACAGCUGAAGCUGUACUAGCUGAUCUUUCCACAUUGAAGGUUAUGCCUCUUCUACAGCUUUUUCUUUUUGCAACUUCCAGUUGAACUUUUCAUUGCUUGCAACAGUCAGAAGUCUAUAUAUAAUCAUCUUGUCAGUUCUUUACCAUAUUAUACAGUAUGAUGAUGAACCACUUGGUGCCUACAUGAGAAAGUGAAAGAAAAUAUAUGCAUGUGGAUCAUGGACCUGCCUUCAAAUUACAUUGAAAAGUUGACAUUGAUGAUCAAAGUAGUGGAUGAUGACCCCUUGUAUAGCUUGACACAGCAACAGACUUAGCCGAUGUAUAAUUAAUAAUAACAUUUGCUUGUAAUAAAUCAACUUAAUUAAAACUCAUUUUCUAGUUUCUUUUUAAAAACAUAAAUGAAAUGACAGUUUGGAACUGAAAAUAUUUAUAUUAGUUAAUUGAUGUUUACACGGGUACGGUGCUGAGUGUACUGUUAUCAUACAGUUGCUAUUUCAUAGGGAGAGCUCCUUUUAUAAUUGAUCAAUCUAUGUUGCAAUUCAUAUUUAUUCUUUCAUGGGACUAAAGCCGAACAUGGAAACAAUUCAGUGUUUGAAAAGAAUCGGCAUGUAUUGUGGCAUUUUGAAAGCUGUUUUAAUUAAAAGAGAAUACCUGUAAUAUCCUUGCAUUCUAUAAUUGAAAGAUGAUACUUUUAAAAUCAUUUUUCAUAUGAAUUUUUAAAAUACAUUUACACAUAAAAAGCAAAAUAUAAAAUAAGCAUACUUUUAGAUACCAAAUUCAAACAUUUUUUUGUUAUGUUUGUAUACUUCCUCAUGGCAGAUUUAAGAAAAUACAGGAUUGUUUUGUUGGAUGAUAUAGAAAAUGGAGGGACAAGGCUAUGGAGAAAUUUGGCAAUGAGAAAGAGAAUUUUAAACUGGAUGUCACUUCACUGGGAUACAAUGAAAUGAGUUGCGAGUGUGGUAGGGAACACAGAAAAGAUAAAGUUGCCAUUUUGGAUGACCUCAUGAUUGGGGACGGAAGUGUGGGGGAGGUGAUGGGAAUAAGCCUGAAUAACUGCUUACAAUGUAACAAAGGCAAAGAUUUGUGUUUAUGAUAAUAUUCACUUUUGAUCUGUACUUCCAUGUGUUGGGCAAAGGUGACUAACUUUGACCAAAUGAAACCUGACAUACUGACCAUAAAAAUACAGAUAUUUCA